AGCCACACCACCGCUUGGCAGUGAGUACUUGGGAGCAGCUCUUGGAGACUUUGUACUCGAACCUUCGAACUCCAGCAUGAGGCCAGAGGAAAUAAAUGACCUGCCAAGGUGUCAAGUAACGGACCCUCUCUUAAGCCCAGACUUCUGACUCCAGAUCUAGGUACCCUUCCACUCUCCAAGACUGCCUCCCGCCUGGGGAGCCUGGGCCUCGGCUAGGGGUGGGGACGGCAGGGUCCGUCCGGAGCGCCAGAGUCCCACUCGCGCCCAGCCCUCAGCCCCAGGCCCGGUUGGACGCCCCGCCCCGCCCCGCCUCCUUCCUCCUUCCCGGGCCGGGCGGGUUGCUGUACCGCCGUCACCCGGGCGCGCGCGGGGUCGCGCGGACGCGGCUCGGGCCGCGGGUGCCGAGAGGUCGCCGGGCCACCCGCACCCCCGCUCCCCGCCUGACGCACGGAGGGGCCGGGACGCGAUUUGCCGCGAGUGACUGGAGCCGCCGCCGUCGCCGCUGCCGCCGCCGCCGCCGCCGCCGCCCGGGCCCGCUCCGCCCCCAGCCCGCCUUCCUCCCGCCGCGCCCUCCGCCUCCGCCCGCACCUCGCUAGCGUUCCCCUGUCUUCCCCAACGCCCCGGAGCCGCCGGCCGCUAGCGUCAGCGCCAGCCAGAAUUAAGGAAGUUCACUGGAGUAAAAUGGAGGCCUCAGUAAUAUUACCCAUUCUGAAGAAAAAACUAGCCUUCCUUUCAGGAGGAAAGGACAGACGGAGUGGCCUCAUUUUGACAAUUCCAUUAUGCCUUGAACAGACAAAUAUGGAUGAGCUGAGUGUCACCUUAGACUACCUACUCAGCAUUCCAAGUGAGAAGUGUAAGGCUAGAGGAUUUACAGUGAUUGUGGAUGGCAGAAAAUCACAGUGGAAUGUGGUGAAAACAGUAGUCGUAAUGCUACAGAAUGUUGUUCCAGCUGAGGUGUCCCUUGUUUGUGUGGUAAAGCCAGAUGAAUUCUGGGAUAAGAAAGUAACGCAUUUUUGUUUUUGGAAGGAGAAGGAUAGACUUGGCUUUGAGGUUAUUUUAGUGUCCGCCAACAAAUUGACUCGUUAUAUAGAACCAUGCCAAUUAACAGAAGAUUUUGGUGGGAGUCUCACCUAUGAUCACAUGGACUGGUUAAAUAAGAGGCUGGUUUUUGAGAAGUUUACAAAGGAAUCUACAUCAUUAUUAGAUGAACUUGCUUUGAUUAACAAUGGAAGUGAUAAAGGAAAUCAGCAAGAGAAAGAAAGGUCUGUGGAUUUAAACUUUCUUCCAUCGGUUGAUCCUGAAACAGUUCUUCAGACAGGGCAUGAAUUGUUAUCCGAAUUACAGCAGCGUCGAUUUAAUGGCUCAGACGGAGGGGUUUCAUGGUCUCCUAUGGAUGAUGAACUUCUUGCACAGCCACAGGUUAUGAAAUUAUUAGAUUCACUCCGAGAGCAAUAUACCCGCUACCAGGAAGUUUGUAGGCAACGUAGCAAGCGCACACAGUUAGAAGAGAUUCAACAGAAGGUAAUGCAGGUGGUGAACUGGCUAGAAGGGCCUGGAUCAGAACAACUAAGAGCCCAGUGGGGCAUUGGAGACUCCAUUAGGGCCUCCCAGGCCCUACAGCAGAAACACGAAGAGAUUGAGAGCCAGCACAGUGAAUGGUUUGCAGUGUAUGUGGAACUUAAUCAGCAAAUUGCAGCACUCUUGAAUGCUGGCGAUGAGGAAGAUCUUGUGGAACUAAAGUCACUGCAGCAACAACUUAGUGAUGUUUGUUAUCGACAGGCCAGUCAGCUGGAAUUUAGGCAAAAUCUCUUACAAGCAGCUCUUGAAUUUCAUGGUGUUGCCCAAGAUUUGUCUCAGCAGUUGGAUGGCUUAUUAGGGAUGUUGUGCGUAGAUGUAGCACCAGCUGAUGGAGCAUCGAUUCAGCAAACUUUAAAACUGCUUGAAGAGAAGCUGAAAAGUGUUGAUGUGGGAUUGCAAGGUUUGCGUGAAAAAGGUCAAGGUCUCCUGGAUCAGAUCUCCAAUCAGGCAUCCUGGGCCUAUGGAAAGGAUGUAACCAUUGAAAAUAAAGAAAAUGUGGACCACAUACAAGGAGUGAUGGAAGAUAUGCAGCUUAGAAAACAAAGAUGUGAAGACAUGGUAGAUGUGCGAAGGUUAAAGAUGCUUCAGAUGGUGCAGUUGUUUAAAUGUGAAGAAGAUGCUGCCCAGGCAGUAGAAUGGCUAAGUGAACUUCUGGAUGCUCUGCUUAAGACUCACAUCAGAUUGGGCGAUGAUGCUCAAGAAACGAAAGUUUUGCUGGAAAAGCAUAGAAAAUUUGUUGAUGUUGCACAGAGCACUUAUGACUAUGGCAGGCAGUUGCUACAGGCCACAGUUGUGUUAUGCCAAUCUUUGCGCUGCACUUCUCGGUCAUCUGGGGAUACACUUCCUCGACUGAACAGAGUAUGGAAACAAUUUACAAUAGCAUCUGAAGAGAGAGUACAUAGAUUGGAAAUGGCUAUUGCAUUUCACUCAAAUGCUGAAAAGAUUUUGCAGGACUGUCCAGAAGAGCCUGAAGCUAUUAAUGAUGAGGAGCAAUUUGAUGAAAUUGAAGCAGUUGGGAAAUCACUUUUGGAUAGAUUAACUGUUCCAGUAGUUUAUCCUGAUGGAACCGAACAAUAUUUUGGGAGUCCAAGUGACAUGGCUUCUACUGCAGAAAACAUCAGAGACAGGAUGAAACUAGUUAAUCUCAAAAGGCAGCAGCUGAGACAUCCUGAAAUGGUGACCACAGAGAGCUAAUAGCUACCAGCUACCUACAGAUUUGCAGUUCAUAAUCCCGCAUGUUGUCAACAUACUACAGCAUUAGCCACCACACCUUAAGAUGCAUUUCACAGCCAAAAUAAGUCUCAUUUCUUUUCAUGACACAUUUCUCUUUACAUGUUAACACCUUGCUACUACCAAGGCAUAAUUACUUAACAUGCUUCGAGGCUGUAGAUUCCAAGUAUCUUAAAAGAAGGAACUAUAAACAUUGCACUGAAAACUUGCUUUAAAGCUUUACCUGACCUGUCAGUUUGUAGACAAACAACUGAUAAUAAGCUUUGAAUGGUGCUAAUAAGAGUAGGAAUUCUCUCUAUUAAAAAGAAAAAAAAAAAGUUGCCCUUCCUCCACAGGUGAUUUAGUAAAUUUAGACAGUAAACUCUUGUUAGUAGACAGUGGUGUCCUCAAAAUUUUACUUUGUAAUUCUUCAGAAUUGAUUAUUUUUAUUGUGUCAAUACAGAGAAAGCCUUUCAGAUCUUUGAUAUAUCAUAGUCAUUAAAAGACCUUUUCCUAUUUGUAUUGAUAAUGUAUUAAAAGUUGUUUGUGCUUAAUAAAAGACUUCUUUAAACAUCUUAUUUAAUUUAGUAGUUACAUCCUAUUUCCAAACAUGAGUGCCUUAUUUAAAAGGGCAUUCUUAGGACUGUGAGGAUGGUUUAAUAUUUGUUUUUUCAUGGUGGUUGCAUGUAUUUUAGACAGGAAAUACAUAUGUAAGCAUGUGUAUAUAAUAAAUAAGCAUGUUUUAUGAGAAAUUAUUGUGAACAAUUUAGAUCUUUAAGAACUUAUUAAUAAUGGAAUACUAUUUCUAAUUUUUCUCUUUUUCAACUUGAAAAAUAUUCUCAAAAUUAUUAACUACCCUGAAGAUACUUUGUCUUUAGGGGAGGAGGGCUGAUGAAGAAGGCAUACAUAAUUACUUCAGUGUAAUCCUUUAUAUCAGAGUAAUCUUUCUGGAACUAAAAUAGCAAUUGUUAAUAAAAUUUAGUUUCUCAUUAUAGUCUAAAAGCAAAAUAAAUUCUGAAGUAGUCCAAUAACAGAACUGUAUGACUCCUUUAGAAAUAAAAUUUAUCAUGAAAUGCUAGUUCUUUUAAGUUUGUAUUAAGUUUAAAUGGUAAAAUGCAUAUAAUUUAAAUUUUAUGUAUUUUUAUUUCAGAACAUUUUUAAAAUAUUAAAAAUUAUUUUUUAGUCUUGUAGUCAUUACAAAAUUAUAAACGAGUUGUAUACUGGUUCCUUUUUGAGGUCUACAAACAUGUUCAUGUAUCUUCCAAUGCAAAAAAAAAAAAAACCCUCCCUUUUAACCUGCUAGUUUUUCCAGCCUUCUUCACUGACUGACAGACUUCUUGGAGAAAUCCACAUCCAGUGCCCCUACAUCCUCAUCACUCACUACUCAGCACCUUGCAGUCUGGUUUUACACAGCACUCUACUGAAACUGUUCUUUUGAAAGUCAGCAAUGGCCUCCCAGUUACCAAACUGAAUGGUUUUUUUCUCCAUCUGAAUCCCUUACCCUUUUCUCUGCAACAUUUACACCAUUGAGCAACCUUUCCUAGACAGUGUCUCCUUCCUUGAAGAUGCUAUCCUCUGAAAUAACUGUGAGUACAGUCGCAUAACCCUCAUUUAAGAUGUGCCUGCUGAACAUGUGCUCUCUCAGAUCCUGUCCUCAGAAUGCUUUUGGCUCUUUUCUAGGUAUCUCAUCCUUAGAGUUUUUAUUUUAUACCAAUGUUCUGGAUUACAUACCUGGUCCAGAAAUCUAGACUUGUAUUUCUUUUUAAUUGCCUACUUGACGUUUCAACCUUGAUUAAAGAUUGACAAUAUUUAUCACCUUUUCCUCCUGGAACAAUUUAGGUUAAUGGUGCAGCCUUUUUUCCUAGUCAAACAUGCCAGGAAGUUCAGGGCAAAGUUCAACUGCUCCCUCUUGUCUUAUGUGGUCACUGCUUCUGAGAACAUCCAGGAAGUUCUUUCUAUACUUGAUAAUCUUCUCAGUCCUUUGGGGCUUUACUGCUAUGAGUAUGAACUUUUGUGAUUAUUUAUUUCAGUCUUCAUGAUGGUGCUAUCACAUUCUACAGUUGUUUAUGUCUGUACCCACUAAGCUCUUUUGAGGGAAGGAAUCUUGUCUUCUCCUAUUCCCAGUCUUGCUCAUGCAUAACUGAUGCCCAUUCCUCGUAAAUGUGAAUGCUGUAUUGUAGGCAUUAGUAAUAAUCCCUGUUACAUUGCAGUCUGAAGUAUGUUUUAAACAUACUUUUUUAAAGUUAGAACUGACUUACAAGUGAAUCUAUUCUUAGAUUCUUAGAUACUAACUACUUUAGAUAUUUAGUUAUACUCAAUAACUAAAUAUCAAUACUCAAUAUGUUUCUUCUGAAUUUCAGAGUAGUUAGAAUGUUUUUCUUAAGACUUUGCUAGAAAGGAACUGGUUUGUUAGUAAUUCUGCCAUCAACUCAUGGAGUUAUAAUUGCCAAAUGAGUUAAUUUUUAUAUACCUUAAGCUAUCUUGCCUACAAAAAGUAAAAUAAGGCAGGGUUCAUAAAUGUUACUUGUAAAUUGAGUGUUUCACAUGAGACCAAGUAUGAUUUUAACAUAAUGAAUAUCAUUGCUCCUCAUCUGUAAAUUUGCUGCUGCUUUCAUAUGUGUAUCUGUACAUAGAGUUAUGAAUGAAAAUCCAGUAAUGCCCUAAAGCAACUUUUUUUCAUAGGGUCAAAGCUCACUUAAGGUAAACGUGUGAAAAAAGUGACUGCAGUGUGUUUGAAACCACAAGCUGUUUCUAUGUCAUAAAUUAACAUCAGCUUGCAAGUCUCUGAAAGAACCACUCAUUUGUAAUUGGUAUAUGUCACAACCUCCCACAUUCCUUUAGCCCAUCUCAGGGAAUUAUUGAAACGCUGGCAGGGUUAGUUUCAUUUUGUUUUGGUUUUUUGGGGUUUUUUUGUUUGUUUGAGGAUUUUUUUUUCCUUUUAUCAUUUGUUUGCUCCUGUGUAAGCUUAAUAUAUAAUGGCAGUUUGUCAUCUGUUCUUCGCACAUGUCUAACCCAGCAGAGUUAUGCAAAAAUGAUGACUUCAUUUUAGGUCAAAUUGGCUUUGUUCCCAGUCCUCAUUGUUGGUCACUUUGUUCAGUUCUGGUGACUCAUUGGUGAUGUUGAUGAAACUGCUCAGCCUGCCAGCUGGGAUACUGAUGGCAGGUCUAGGCUUCAUUGCUAGGUAGAAGAUUGAAUACUUCUCACUUUAUACAAAUUUACAUUGGCUAUUGCUCCCAUGUGUUAGCUAGUCUUAACAUGUUUGUUAUUUCAUUAUCUUAUUAGCUGACAUACGGAGUGGUAUUAUUAGUGUCGUACUCCUUAGUGUGAGCAUGACAAUUAAGUUACCUUACUAACAGUGAUGAGUAAACCAUACUCUGAUCUAAACCCAUUGUUACCAAUGAUGUGAUUAUGAAGUUAGCUGAAUCUAUGGUCUACAUUUGAAGAAAUAGUUCAGAAUUCUCUACUACAUUGUAAGUUACUUGCUAAUAGAGAUUGGGCAUUAUUAUGUACUACUCCCCUUCUCACAUCCUACCCAAAGUACACAAGGCCGUAGUAAAAUACUGUUGCUACUAAAAACUAAACAUACUGUGGUUGCUAAUGUCCUUUACAUCUUCAGCCUAUAGGGAAUGGUACAGGCAGAAACAAGCACCAUUGAGUAUAUUAUCAUCAGUAGUGAGAUCUGUAUGAUUAGGAUAUCUUUGCUUAAGCCCCCAAAGGAAAAAUUCUCUAGCAUUAAAAACAUGGCUGGAACAUAGCUAAGCAGUUAACCUAAUUAGUAGACUUAUUAUUAACGUUCAGUCCUAAAAAUGAAAAGCUUCAGUUGGGAGUAGAAAAUAUACUAUGCUGGUAUAUAGAGCAACAAAUACCCUGAUGAGAUAAAAUGAAGUAGAAACUUACCAUUUGACAUUAUUUGACUUUCAUACAUGCUACUGAAAAGUCUAGGUUUAGCUAAGAAGCAUAAAUAAUGGCAGUACUUGUAGAGGAAAGAACAUACCAGCUAAAACAAGAACUGUAAUGAAUAUAAUGGAAAGUGUUUGGAGCUUGAAUACUUGGCUUCAAAAAUCUGGCUUUGCCAUUUACUGUUAAAAAAAAUCUGAGAAUUUAUCUCAGGCUGUAAAAUAGAGAAGUCAUACCAAUUUCAAGAAUAAAAUAUGAUAUAAAGAAUGGUUGAAGCCAAAAUAUCCAGAAAUAAACAGAAUGGAAGGUAUCAUUGCUAUAAUUAUCUUUUCAGAAUAAAAAAUAGAGUAUUCUUUAUCCUUUCUGUUGUCUCACAUGACAAGCAUGGGAUGGUGAGGAAAUGGCAUAUUGCCUAUGUUCGCCGCCCCACCCCCCUUAGUUCCACCACCCCUUCACCGUCACCCCCAGUUCACUAGUGUAUCAGAAUGCAUCUUCAGAAUUACACACUGAAGAUACAAAAGGUCCAGUUGGUAAGCUCAUCAGUAAAUAACAAGGCUUUGAAAUCUGACAAAUUAGCUAUUUUUGUAGGAAGAUAAUAGAACAGCAAGAUGGAAGACAAGUGAUGAGUAUCAUCUGUUUUGAGGUUGACAGGGUGUGACAUAACCCUGUUAAUAGACACAAGUAAAAGAAAAUCAUACUAGGAUUGGAUAUUAGUGAGUGAGCACCGACCAGUAGAAACAACAACAGCAUAAAUCUGUUAUUUAUAAAGUAUCCCAAUAAUGAGGUUAAAAAAAAAAAAGAACAAAGCAUGAAAAGACCACAGUUAGUGCUGGUUAUGCUUAGAGAGGAGCAGUCUCUUGGUAAACUCAGGCAGUGAUGAUGAACAGAAAAUGGCCGAGUGAUACUGUAAUCGAGGCAUAGAACUAAGGACACUCCGUGAGCUGGCAUAAAUACAGGGGAGUCUUUAAGACUGAAAAAAGUUCAUGGGUAUGACACUUAAUAUGACUCAACAUUACUGCAGAAUUUUAAAGCAAACAUGAAAGCUUGAGAAUAAACACUAGUCCCUCUACUUCAAGAAAAAGCAGAACCUGUACUAGAACAUGAAGAACUUAGAGAUCAAAAGACAGCCAGAACUAUGAUGAAAUAUUUUGAAAGCAGUGGGCACAUUUUAAAAGAUUUUUUUUUGGAGAACUUUAUGAGGCUAUAUGUAUAAUUCCUAUAUGUAAUUUUAUAGGAAUUCUUAACUGAAAGUAGUUAUCAACUGCUACUUAUCAGGAGCAGUGUUAUUAGGGAUUUUAAGUUAGGCAUGUAGAAAACUUUCUGACAAAAGGGCUACUGAACUCCAGCCAGUUCCCAGUGAAUCUCCAGGAGGCACCUUAGAAGUCUUCACAAGCUGAAUACCAUGUCUUUAGGGUGUCCAAAUGCUUCUGUCUUGGGGGAGAGAUGAGAGAUGACUGGGUGCCUUUCCACUCAGAACACAGUAGACCACUCACUAUUUAAGACCAAGCCUCACUUCUUUUCUAUUACAGUUACAGAUUCUUUUUUAGUCUGGAAGUUAGGGUAAAUAAAAUUUGUAUGUUUGAUUUUUCUCUUAGGAAUGUUUUCUCAUCUUAACUCUUAUGUUAUCUUUAUGGCCAACAGAUUUGCUCAGAAUAUAUCAUCAAAAUAUAUGUAUUGUAUUUUGUAAAGGUGAAAGGAUCGAAAUACCACUUUGACAGUUAUAAACCAGAGUAGAUUUGAGAACUGAUUGCUCACAUCACACUUACGAAUAGUCUCAGAAGCCUUUAAGAGAAACUUACUUCUAAAUGGACACUUAGAAGAAUUUGAUGAUCUUACUGUCAUAAAAUCAGUAAUGAAAUUCUCAGCAAAACUAUUUGGUAAACAUUGCACCCUGUAUUUUUACCCAACAUCUUGUUAUGAAAAUUAUCAAAUACAUUAAAAAGUUAAAAUAAUUUUAUAGUGUACUCACUACCUAGAUGCUAAUUAGCAUUACCUAUGCUUGCUUUGUCACAUAUCCAUUCAUCAUUUCAUAUUAUUAUUUGAUGCAUUUUAAAUUGCAUAUCAUUAACUAGAGUUCAUUGUUGGCUUUUUUACAUAAAAUUAGCAUGCAAUGAAGUGCAUAGAACAUAUGUGUUCACUGAGGUUUGGCAAAUGCAUAUAGUGCUAUGGAAAUAGGAAACGUUAUCACCACCCUAGAAAGUUUCCACACUGCCCUUUCCAGUCAAUUCCUGUCCCUACUUGACCCUCAAAGGCAACCACUGUUCCUUUUUCUACCAUAAGAUUUUUCUGUUCUAAAACUUUAUAUAAAUAGAGUCACACAACAUGUACGCUUUUCUACAAGGCUUCAUUUUUUUAUUGCUGUUCUUUUUUAUUGCUGAGUAGUAUUCCACUGUAUGACAAUAUUACAGUUUGUUUACUUAAUUUCCUAUUAUUGAUAGAUACCUGGGCUGUUUCCAGGAUUGGCCAUUAUAAAUAAAGCUGCUAUGACCAUUCUUAUGUAAGUCUUUGUGAACAUAGGUUUUCAUUUCUUUGCAGUAAAUUCCUUGGAUUAGAAUUGCUGGGUCACAGGGUAGUUUUAAAAGAAACUGCCAUACCUUUUUCCAGUUCAGUUUUAUUGUGCCCUGUAUUUUGUAUUUUGAUGUGCAUAAAGGUGUAAACUAUUUUUAUGAUCCAUAUUGAAGUAUUAGAAGAAGUGAGUUUGGAAUAACAAUGGCAUUGUUCAUGGUCAAGGAUGACAAUUGGAACUAUCUGAGGAAAGCAAAGACCUGUCUGCCCCAAACAGCUCCUCAAGGGGUUCCUAUGCCUGAAACUUUAGCAAUAUUUCACUCCUUGAAAGGUUAAAGCCCAACCAUGGUGAUAUGUUAGCUAGAAGAAACAGCACUGGUUUGUUUAUGUUACUAACUUUCACCACCCGUUUUCAGUAGGUAAAGUAAGACUGAUCAUUGAACAGAAAAGGUUAUUUCUGUGAUGAGGUUGAGGGGGUAGUGGAAAGCAUGUAUUGCUAGUAAGCCCCAGGUGCAGCUAUGUGAGAGAGAGUCACCUGGACAGGGAAGUCCCCCAAAUGGUGGCCAGAAGAGCAGAAAACGGGGUGGGAAAAAUUCUACCUCACAGUUUUGCAUAGGGGAUAGCUAUGCUUUUACGGGACAUUUUAGCGUUUAAAAAUAUUUUCAAUAUUGUCUCUUUAUUCAAUACCACCCAGCUGUAGUUUUUUCACACUCUGAUGACUCUCUUAUCCACUCUUUUACCUCUCCCAGCUGUUCUAUUACAUACAGCAUUCACCUGUAUUAGUCUAUAGAAUUAUAAUCAUCUGUGUGUUUCUAAUGCUCAUUUUCAAAAAUAUGUAUGGUUUAUUCGAUUUUCCUAUUAAAAUUUUAAGGGCUGGGAAAUUUGGCUUCUACUGUAAAUCCUUAUAAUGUUCCACACAUUGUAAAUAUGCAAUAAAAAUGUUAAAAACUCUAA